ACGCGGAUGCUGUCCAAGAAGGAACGGGCCGAAGAAGAUGCGCUGCUCGAGCAGCAGCUAAUGACGCAGGGACCGAAAGGGCUCCUCGCUCUCUUCACCGGUAGCGAUGGGAAGAAGGCCAAGAAGGCAAAGGCACCCAAGCUCUUCAUGGAGCUCUCGCGCGCGCAACAGCGCGUCCAGGGAAAGAACGCGCCCAUGUUGCGCCAAAUGGACGGCGACACGAUCCACGACAAGUUGUCCUCGUAUAAAAAGACGAUUCGCUUCCACAUCAACGCGGCGCACGAUGAAGCGAUCACAAUGGUCCGAGACAUUCGCUCCGGGCACCAAGACGUCAACGCGCGGGAUGAAAAGGGGCGCAGCGCCUUGCACUUCGCCUGCCGCAUGGGCUCCGAAGCCGCGAUUGCGACACUCAUCAAGGAGGAAGGGUCGAUCGACGAGCCCGAUCUCGACAUGCGGUGGACACCGCUGCACUACGCGGUCAUGGGCAAGCACAAGUAUGCUGCUGGUCUCUUGCUCAAGUACGCGCCGUCGCCGUACGUGACGGUGAAUCGGCGCGAUAAAAUUGGGACCACGCCCCUCAUGCUGGCGGCUGCGGAAGGCCAUGCUACCAUUGUUCGCUUCCUCCUUGACCGUUUGGCUGACAUCAACGACCGCGAUAACGAAGGCCUCACCGCGCUUCACUACGCGGCGCUAACGGACCGCGUCAAGGCAGCGGAAGUGCUUCUCGAGUAUAAGGCUGACACGGACAUUCGCACCAAAGCCAGUGGAGAAACAGCUCUCGAGAUGGCCGAGCGCCUCGGCUCGCACUUGGUGUCGAUUGUGCUUUUUGAGUUUGAGAAAUAAAUAAUGUCGAAUGAAGUCUUCUACCCUCC